GCUGCAUCUGGAAGGAAAGCACAUCUACAACGAUGUCAAUGAUGUGGGUAGCAAGUGUCCACACGGCUGCAUCCAUGUGGCCAUCAUCGACACCGCCGGCGAGGCGAUGCGCCCCGCAGCAGCUGCGGUGCUCGUUACCAGAGCCGAAGCGGCGGUCGGCAGACUACCAACCCAGCUCCUGGGACUACGACGCCAUUAUGCGUCUCAAGGAUGGUGGUAACCAUACAAAUCAAAAUCAUGACCAGGUCGUCUCAUCAAGCUUUGAUAACCUCAUGAAGAGUAUGAUGAUGAGCAAACACGACCAAUCUUCUUGUAAGCUUAAGUUCAUUGACAUGGUGCAACGACUCGGCAUUGCCUACCACUUUGAGCAAGAAAUCUACGACAUCCUCAGCUCCAUCCACAAAAACCCUCAUCACGCUAAGAAAGAUCUCUCUUUUGCGGCCUUGAGGUUCAGAUUGCUCAGAGAGAAGGUUUUUUCAGUCUCCCCAGGUAGUCAAUUAAACGAAAACAACAAGAACAUUUGAUUUAUUCAUUUUUUCCUUUUUGUUUCAUUCAUAAUUGAGAGAAUAUAAGACCAUCGCACGUAAUU